AUGGAUAAGUGGCAUUCACAUCUUCAGAAAAGGCUUCCUUUAAUCGCAAGGUCCGGCUGCAAAGCCUCCUCGAAAACAGCAUAUUGUCCCAAAAUCAUUGUUUAUCGAAGUGCAACAAAUAGCUUUCCGCCCAUCAUCUGCCUGAAAAUGUUUCUCACUGGCGGAAUACCGUUCCGAAAUUCUUGGAGUUUACUUUUUCAUGCACAUGUAAUUGUUACAACUGACAAACAUCCCAUUAAGAUCGGAUCAUAUAGAAUUUGUGUUUUGUAUGAUGAGGAGUACAAGUAA